CACUCUGAGGGCCUUUUGAUGUGCAUGACUUCAAGGUAAACAGCAAAGGGGAUUUCCAGGUUAUAUUCAAUGCAUGCAGGUUGGGUUGUGUUCCUACACUGCUAUCACUGCUUCCUCUCUCUGUGUUCUGUUGUAGCGGCCGUGCUUCAGGGGGUUCAUUUUAGUUUUGGCAGCAGACCUCGUCCCCAAUUUUGUUCCAAGUUCUGUCUGCGAUGCCAAUACUGUUGUUCUUUGGAUAUUUCACAAAUAAAUUAAGAAAGAAAGAAUACCCUCAACAUUUGGAUUACAUUUUUUUUUCCUAACAGAGGGACAUGCUGCUUUAAUUGCUUUUUGCUCUCAUUUUAAUUUUGCAUUUUCUCUGGAGGUGGUGUUAUUAUUCCUGCUGUAGUGGCACCCCUGCUGCACAAGUACAGAGGAAAUGGUGCGCCAUUGAUGAGGUCAUGGACAAAUUCCUCUCUCUGUUCUCUGUCUACAUCAGCAGGUGUUAUGGAUCUACAGUAUUUCCUGAGCUGGAGAGUUGCCCUGCUGCUUCUCUUGAUGCCAUAUGGGCUCCAGUGUAUGUCAGUGCACAUCCUCAACGAGGAGCCCGUGCACGUGUUGCCAGAAUCCAGUCUGGUUCUGAAAGCUCGGAUUGAGCACGGACCCCUGGAAGAGGUCUCCGUGGUGACCUGGGAAUGGGAGGCCGAAACUGGGAUCACCCCAGAGAGAGUGACAUUGGCCACGUGCCCCGGCAGAGGCCUCGAGUGCGCUGGUACGAGGCCAAAUGUCCACGCGAACGUGGAGCAGCAGGAGACGACACUUCAGAUUAAUGGAUACAGCCAAGCGGAAAGCGGCGUGUUCGCUGUGACUGUGACGGAUCACAGAGGGGCCAAGACCACGGCACACUGCAUCGUCAGGGAAUACGAGGCAGUGCACCACGUCUCCGUCAGCAUCAACGUGUCUCACUCCUCGCUGGUUUGUGGCGAGGCCUGGGGGACAGACCCCCACUUCGGCUGGUUCCACGAGAGAGUCGCCAUCACCAAGACUGUGGGAAGAGUCUCCAAAAAUGGGACGACGUUGUUAGUGACCAAGACUCCCAUCUGUGGCCACUUCACCUGCGUGGUCAGCAACAAGCUGGGCCACAGUUCUGCCACCUACACGGCAGCACCUUGUGAGACAGAGGGCAGCGGGACAACAGCAGCUGUACUGUGUCCCAUCCUCCUGCUGCUGUUCGGAGGAGUGGUGGCAUUUCUGCUGUGGAGGCGACACAGGCACAGUAACAGAGGAGAGAGGCUGCACGAGCAUUUGGAUGACACCAUCUAGAAAAGGCCCAACAUGCAUUUCUGUUAUACAUAUGGAGGAGAACACCAGACGAACUGCGAGGCAGGUACUUCCUGUCCUGUGAGCAGUAUGACCUUAGACUGCAUUGGAACAAUGUGACGAGUGAACUGCUUGCUGGCAAAUGAAAAAAAUAUCUAAAAAUGGGUAUUCAGCUUGAAGUGCCAGCAAUGUCUUUACACUGCCUCCUGCUGGGCUGCACCUGACACUGUGUAUUUAAUAAAGUAAUCUGUUUUUUAAGCUUGUAUCAGCUGCAUUCAAAUGUUGCCUUCAUAAUAAAAAUCCUUUACCAGAA